CACGUGGUUGUCGAGUUUCCGUCUUUGUUAGGAUCUGGAGCACUGAUCCCACCCCGCGAGAUACAUUCGCUUUGCAUAUGCUCUGGUGCGACCAUCUGCGUGCACCUACCACAUCAUUCAUUGCCAGCUCAUCCGCGCAUAUCCAAUAGAUUGGAUGCACAUCCAGCCUACUUCGCGGCUACCUAAGUGAUCAAGGGCUAUCCCAACGCGUAUGCCCAACUGUAGCCAACCCUACAGCCUUUUAUCUCAAGGACAUCAGGCAACCCAAGCCGAGCUUUGAGCACGGUCUUAGUUUUCAUCAUCUCAGCAAAGAGCCUGUACCACUAGUAUCUUCUAAGUGGCCAACGGAUUUUUAUUAUUAGACCUACCCGCUCGUCUCUGAUUCGCAUCGCAAGAGGCAUCGACGUUUGGGUAUUGCAAAAUCCCUGCCGCCCCGCGCGUUAUCUGUCCCCGAUAAUGAUGGACUACGCGCAAUACCAGCAACCACCACAGUCGGCGCAUUCUGGUUACACAAAUUCUGGUCCUGGGAACAACAUCACGUCCCCGACGAGUCACAGCAUACAUCAACACGGCGUUCAGACUUCGCCAAUCCUACCGUCGCAACACCAAACCUCGACGCCGGGACAAGGACACAACAUGUACCAAACUCAGUAUGGCGUGCCCCAGCAGGGGAUGCACUACGGGGUACCCCAGAUCCAAGCGGCUGCCAUGGCCGCGACCGCUGCCGCUGCCGGUGGAACGGGCUAUUCAUCAUACAUGCCAUCGGAUCCUAGCCUCCCUCAAAAUUCGCCGAGGAUGACGCCCGGAGGGAAGAAAGACUCGCGCGACCCCCGAUCACCUCAGCAGCUGAACAAUGUGAAUCAACUGCCCGGACGACGUCUGAGCCAGGUCACCAGCCCUGGCGUCCCGAGCGCGCCGAUGAUGAACCAUACCGCCGGCCGUUCCGCCGUUGCACCUCCCCCAAUGCCGCCGACACAAUCCAUGCCUCCUCCUCAAUCGCCCGAGAUAGCUGCGGGUGCAGAGGAAUCCCCGUUAUAUGUCAACGCCAAGCAAUUCCACCGCAUCUUGAAGAGAAGAGUGGCCCGGCAGCGCUUAGAAGAAGCAUUGCGCCUGACGAGUAAAGGGAGGAAACCUUACCUUCACGAGUCUCGGCAUAAUCACGCGAUGCGAAGACCUCGAGGUCCCGGUGGACGAUUCUUAACUGCGGAAGAGGUAGCCGAGAUUGAGAAGAAUAGGUCCGCAGGCGAGGACAAGGAUGGCGGCGUGGGCGAGACGGCACCUGUCAAGGCCGGUUCUAAGAGGAAGUCGGACUCCAAUUCCACGGCGCCGAAUAAGAAAGCUAAGACGCAGCCGGAGACGCCCGAUGAUGAUGAAGACGAUGACGCCGAAGAUGAUAGCUGAAAGAAGCUUCAAGCCACAUGAUACUUUGCUUUGUGAGCCGUUACGACGUUACGACAAACUC